GCUCCUGCGCGUCCUCAUCACUCUCGUGGUGUCGCUUGUUGGGAAUGGCUGCGGGAGGCGACCAUGGCGCGCCUGACAGCUACCGCUCACCGCUUGCUUCCCGCUACGCCAGCCCCGAGAUGUGCUUCGUGUUUAGCGACAGGUACAAAUUCCGGACGUGGCGGCAGCUCUGGCUGUGGCUGGCAGAGGCCGAGCAGACAUUGGGUUUGCCUAUAACAAAUGAACAAAUCCAGGAGAUGAAAUUAAACUUGGACAACAUCGACUUUAAAAUGGCAGCUGAAGAAGAGAAGCAGUUGCGACAUGAUGUUAUGGCUCAUGUACAUACAUUUGGCCACUGCUGUCCAAAAGCUGCAGGCAUUAUUCACCUGGGUGCCACCUCCUGUUAUGUUGGAGACAACACAGACUUGAUUAUUCUUAGAAAUGCUUUUGACCUGCUUUUGCCGAAGCUUGCCAGAGUGAUCUCUCGGCUUGCCGAUUUUGCUAAGGAACAUGCCAAUCUGCCUACCUUAGGUUUUACACAUUUCCAGCCUGCCCAACUGACCACAGUUGGAAAACGUUGCUGUCUUUGGAUUCAAGAUCUUUGCAUGGAUCUCCAGAAUUUGAAGCGGGUCCGUGAUGACCUGCGCUUCCGUGGAGUGAAGGGCACCACUGGCACUCAGGCUAGCUUCUUGCAGCUCUUCGAGGGAGAUCACCAAAAGGUGGAGCAGCUGGACAAGAUGGUGACAGAAAAGGCAGGGUUUAAGAGGGCUUUUAUCAUCACAGGGCAGACAUACACACGAAAAGUAGACAUCGAGGUGUUGUCUGUGCUGGCUAGCUUGGGAGCAUCAGUGCACAAGAUUUGCACUGACAUACGCCUCCUGGCAAAUCUCAAGGAGAUGGAGGAGCCGUUUGAAAAACAGCAGAUUGGCUCGAGUGCAAUGCCAUACAAGAGGAACCCCAUGCGCUCAGAACGUUGCUGCAGCCUUGCCCGUCACCUGAUGACCCUUCUCAUGGAUCCACUGCAGACAGCUUCUGUGCAGUGGUUUGAACGCACACUGGAUGAUAGUGCCAACCGACGAAUCUGUUUGGCUGAGGCAUUUCUUACGGCAGAUACUAUAUUGAACACAUUACAAAACAUUUCUGAAGGACUGGUGGUGUACCCCAAAGUCAUUGAACGGCGCAUUAGGCAGGAACUGCCUUUCAUGGCUACAGAGAACAUCAUCAUGGCCAUGGUCAAAGCUGGGGGUAGCCGCCAGGAUUGCCAUGAGAAAAUUAGAGUGCUUUCCCAGCAAGCAGCUACUGUUGUUAAGCAGGAAGGAGAUGACAAUGACCUCAUAGAACGAAUCCAGUCUGAUGCCUACUUCAGUCCCAUUCACUCCCAGUUGCAGCAUUUACUGGAUCCUUCUUCUUUCAUUGGUCGUGCCCCCCAGCAGGUACAGAGAUUCUUAGAAGAGGAGGUAUAUCCCCUGUUAAAACCAUAUGAAAGUGUGAUGAAGGUGAAAGCAGAAUUAUGUUUGUAGAGUUGGAAGAGAAUUAAAUGAAAAAUCAUU